AUGGCCGCUCGACACUCACGCAAGCUCCUCAGACCUCUCCUAUACACAUCCGCGGCCGCCGCGGCUGGAGCUGGUGUUCUGUACAUUUCUUACCGCCCACGAAACAUUCCCGGUCUGGAGGCCCCAGCGGUGCCACCACCUGGAUACCGCGAAGGAAAGCUGGUGCCUCCCAGCUUCCCCCUAAUUAAGUCCCGUCUGGAGCAGAUCCAGGAUCUGAAGCGCAGUAACGAGGAGGAAGAAUAUGAUCUUCUGGUCAUCGGUGGCGGAGCCACCGGGUCCGGAAUUGCGCUAGAUGCCGCCACCCGUGGCCUCAAGGUCGCUGUGGUCGAGAGAGAUGAUUUCAGUGCCGGUACCAGUAGUAAGAGUACCAAGCUGGUGCACGGAGGUGUCCGUUAUCUCGAAAAGGCUGUUUGGGAGCUUGAUUACAACCAAUAUGCGCUCGUGAAGGAGGCUCUCCGAGAGCGCAAAUACUUCCUUAACACAGCGCCCCAUCUAUCUCAAUGGCUACCAAUUAUGGUGCCCGUUCAGAAGUGGUGGCAGGCACCCUACUUCUGGGCUGGUACCAAGGCUUAUGAUUUCUUGGCCGGUUCCGAGGGUAUUGAAACCUCGUACUUCUUGACCAAGAGUAAGGCUAUCGAUGCAUUCCCUAUGCUGAAGCGCGAUAACAUUAUCGGUGCCAUGGUCUAUUACGAUGGUGCCCACAAUGACUCCCGCAUGAACGUUUCCCUCGCGAUGACAGCUGCCCUCUACGGAACCACCGUCGUGAACCACCUCGAGGUGACCGGACUGGACAAGGACGCCAAUGGCAAGCUGUGUGGUGCGCGCGCCAAGGAUGUGGUCACCGAACUGAACGGUGGCAAGGCCGAGGAGUUCAAGAUCCGCGCCAAGGGUAUCAUCAAUGCUACCGGUCCCUUCUCGGACGCCAUUCGCAAGAUGGACGAGCCCGAUGUCAAGGAGAUCGUUGCCCCCAGUGCCGGUGUCCACGUCAUUCUGCCCGGCUACUUCAGCCCCUCCAACAUGGGUCUGAUCGAUCCCUCGACUUCCGAUGGACGUGUGAUUUUCUUCCUGCCCUGGCAGGGUAACACCAUCGCUGGUACCACCGACCAGCCCUGUGAGAUUGAGGCCCAGCCCCAGCCCACCGAGAAGGAUAUCAACUGGAUUCUGUCCGAGAUCCGUGGCUACGUUGCCCCCGAUAUCACCAUCGAGCGCAGCGAUGUGCUGGCUGCCUGGUCCGGUAUCCGUCCUUUGGUCCGUGACCCCAAGGCUAAGAACUCCGAGUCCCUGGUCCGCAACCACUUGGUCACUGUCUCCCCGGCCGGUCUCUUGACCUGCGCCGGUGGAAAGUGGACCACCUACCGCCAGAUGGCCGAGGAGGCUGUCGAUGAGGCCAUCGAUGUCUUCAAGCUCAAGCCCCGCCAGAUGGACUCCCUCCCCGAUAUCUCUGGUGUCGGUGGCAGCGGCCUGGUCGCUGACGGCGCCACUCUCGACGGUACCUGCCAGACCCACCAGGUUCGCCUGAUCGGUGCCCACGGUUUCUCCAAGACCCUCUUCAUCAACCUCAUCCAGCACUUCGGUCUCGAGACCGAUGUCGCCAAGCACCUGACUGAGUCCUACGGUGACCGCUCAUGGCAGGUCGCUGCCCUCUCCUCCCCCACUGCCGAACGUUUCCCCGUCCGUGGCUGCCGUCUUUCCGCCAUGUACCCCUUCAUUGACGGUGAGGUUCGCUACGCCGUCCGCCACGAGUACGCUCAGACCGCUGUUGACGUGAUCGCUCGUCGCACUCGUCUGGCCUUCCUGAACGCCGAGGCCGCUCUUGAGGCCCUCCCCCGCGUCAUUGACUUGAUGGGUGAGGAACUGCAAUGGAACAUUGCCCGCAAGGAUGUCGAGUGGAAGGACUCUCUGUCCUACCUCAAGUCCAUGGGUCUCUCUGACAGCUUCAUGGGUCUCUCCCGCCAGGACGUCCAGACUGGUCGCGUCCGACAGGUUGAUGACAAGGAGCGCGCCACAUUCUCUCGCAAUGAACCCCCUGCGGACAUGAUUGAGAGCGACGUCCGGGCUGUCUCUGACGCUGCCGUGGCUGCCGCCGCCAAAUAA